CAUGUUUUUGAACCCAGCUGGUUGCAUGUUCUGUGACUUAUGUGCCAUUUUUCUUGCAGCUCGCCUGCCAUUUUCGCUCUUGCCGCUAUCAGAUGCACUUCUUCCUUGGUCCUCCCCGCCUCGUGGGCCCACUUUACAGUCCCGCUUUCAAGGAUGUCGAUAAUCUCCCAUCUGUCCUGAUAAGGGGCUUGCGACAAAAUUUCUAACUCGCGUCUCCCUCACGUCGCCAAACCCCCUCUGCGGCAUCGCCAUUUGCGACGAGCGCGAGCCUCACCCCACGGCAACGGCGUGAACCAGAUUACACCAUCGAGAACCUUUCUUUUCUCAGAAUCCCAACUUUAUGAGGGGCUCUCUGGCCACUAGAUCCUCAUCGCACAAUUGACUUCACACCGCGCCCACGAUCCCCGUCGCGACGAGACCAACGCGAUCAUAACCACUGCCGGCCUUGGCUGCGUAUCUCGACUUCGUCUCCACCUUUAUCGGGUCGAGACAUAAUAAAUCGCCCAUAGAUAGGCCCGAUCGCCAACGAACAACGACAGACACGGACAUUGAUUCUCGAACCACGAUCUCCUCGUCUCCUCCCCGAUAUCAGGCACUCACUCCCUCAGAACCUAGACCACUUGCCAGCGAUCUCCCUGUAUACGCCCGUCAUUGAAUUCGAAUAGCACAAUUGCUUGUCGAUCCUUCAGUCCUAUCCACGAAAUCAACAUACAAUGGAUGACAGUGAACAUCUUGCGCCGGUCUCGGCUGCGCUGGAACCGAUGGCAGCAUCAGACUUGGUCACAUCACACGCCGAUGCUGCCCACCUCACUGAGCUGGCAACGUUGGUGGCUGCUGAGGUUGCGCUUGAUUCUCCCCACCUGAGUGUCAGGGAAUCAGUUGCCCCGACCGGCUCGGCGCCCGCGACCCCCACCAUGGAAUCCUCACCUGCGCCGCCUCCAAUACCAGCAGCUACCGCUGAACUGCCUGUGGCAGCUCCAGCGGACGAGCUUCAUCAACAAAGCAUCGAAAUGUCCGUUUCGAUCUCCGAGUCACACAGCAUGCAUGAACCAUUGCCAGUCCAGAUAGCAAACAUGUCAGCUCAAGUACCAGACCAGGCCCCGGUCUCAGGUACAACCUCUUGUCCGGCAAUGGCUCCGGCACCUACACCAGCUCAGGUGGCAGAUUCGGCACAGGCUCUGAUGCACCCUCCAGCUCCGGCACAACCUGUUCCUGCCGCCGCAAUCCCUCCACAGGCCACUUUUGCGGUAUCCUCACCUGCUUCAGCACCUGCAGGUAACCUGCCCGUUUGUCAAAACUGUAGCACCUCUACGACCCCAUUGUGGCGGCGUGAUGAGACGGGCGCGGUUCUCUGUAAUGCAUGUGGCUUGUUUCUCAAACUCCACGGCCGGCCUCGGCCAAUUUCCCUGAAGACAGACGUCAUCAAGAGUCGCAACCGUGUAAAAUCGAUACGGCCUGAUCUAGCUCUGAAGAAGAAGCAACAACAAAUGCAGGCGGCCGCGGCGGCGAACGGCACUCUUGACGCUCAGACACAAGCCAGUAUUGCCGGGGCAGCUCUUGGUGCCCGGAGAGCAGCACAAAAAUCUGCCAAUGGACACACUGAAGGCUUUGAAGAUGGGCAAUACCCUGCGAAUGCUCUGCCCGGAUUCGGUAUUGACGGCCAGGCCACCGCUCUCCUCAACGGUGACCAUCUUCCGCAAACCCCAGAGCAACUGCUUGCGGCGAUAUCGAGCUACAAGACGCGCGUCUCGGAGCUCGAGGUGAUCAACGACUUUCUCGAGCGUCAGCUCUCGCAGCUUGAAGUCGCCACACAGACGAACGCCCAACUACGGGUCGAGCUCGAAUCAACAACACAAAUCAACGAACAGUUACGAAACGAUCUAGACGAGAGCCACCGGAGAGAGAAUAUGUUGAAGCGGCGCCUCGAAGAUUUGGAGGUGGAGAUGAGGACGGCGAGUGAAACCAUUGAUUUCCAAGAAGACGGCCGGGCUGCAAAACGGCCCCGAGUCGAAGAGUCGGCACCAAAGGCGGAAGAGCUUACCCCUCCGGCUGUCGUUUAAUGCCGAACCCAAAGCUCCGCCAACUCUCUGUUCAUACCUGAUUCCAACAAGGCUUGCGAGGCCUCUCCAUAAUGGACAGCAGCAGCUCAUGGGCUGCUGCCACCCGUUUCUUUCAUUUUGCGAUCACAGGAUUUCUCGCUGCCUCUUUGCACCACUACCGACUUCCUUCGUCACUACUUGGCACCGGCUUUAAGCAAAAGAAAGAAAGAAAACAAAGCCUUGGGAAACCAGGAGAGCCUCUGCAUGGAAAUUCUCGGCUUCUAUGGUGUUAAAUGCGUCGCUCGGUGGUGUUUGGAAUGUCAUGAGGCCUGACUGGAGUAAGGUGGAUAUCAUUGAGUUACGGAGGAUGGUCGUAUCUAUGGGUGGCUAUGACCAAGCCCUAAUCAGUGGAAAUACGAGGACGAGAUAUUUAAUAAUUGUCACCGCAGGCCCGGCUCCAAGUGCUGCUGGCCAGACGUCGGGAAGGAUUGCAGAUGGCAUUCGGCGUAAAUGGAGUCGGGGCCCGGUUAAUGAUUAGCCGCCGAGGUUCGCCUGGGCGAUGAACGAUGGUGGUGGAAACGUCAAGGGGCAAAGUCAAGCCAUUGGCAUCUUUAUGUGGCCAUACCGGUAUAUAGAAGGCAAUCAUCAAUGCUACUAACACAUCUCUCCUCGAAACACACCUCCCCAAGCAGCCUCGGUCAGGAUGUCCAACAAGCCCAGUGC